AAAACACUUUCUUCCGAUAAAUAUUGUAAUUAGGAUUCAAGGAUUUCCUUUUGGCUAUAAAAUCUGGCGACAAAGCCAAGCUUAAGCUUUUCUCUUUGAUUCUCAAUUUUCUUCGUAUACUAUUGAGGUUUGAUUGUAAACGUGUGCGUUCUCAUCAUUGCUAGAGUUUACGAGCUUUAGAGAAGCAAUAUGCUUUUUUAACCUUCUUUUUGUUCCCAACGAAAAUCUAGAGACUUUGAACGGGUUAGGUUAGCAAUGGAUAGGAUCAGUUUGUUGCCAGAUGAUUUGAUCUUGAAUAUACUGUUUAUGGUUCCAUCAAAAGAUGCAGUGACAACAAGCCUUUUGUCAAAACGUUGGCGUGAUCUGUGGAAACAUGUGCCAAAGCUUUGGUAUACUGAUCCAUAUGGUGAUAGUGAAUACUGGAGAGCUUCACGUUUUGUUGACAAGUUUUUGUUACUACACAAGGCCCCUGUCCUAGAAACUCUGCAUCUCUCACUUAGUCGUAAUUGUCGUCCUACAGAUAUUGAAAUAUGGAUUCGUAUUGCAGUUUCUCGUGGUUUGCAAAAUCUUGAAUUUUAUCAGCAUAGACCCUGUUACACCCCAAUAAGGUUGCCUAGGAGCCUGUGUACAUGUGAAUCCCUUGUGACUUUACGCCUACAACACGCGAUCAUUGUGGAUGUUCCUUUGAAAAUUUGUUUCCGGUCACUAAAGCUUUUGGCGCUUAUAGCUGUGGAUUUCUCAAGGGAUGAAAUCGUUUAUAGGGUUUUAUCAGGUUGCCCUGUUCUUGAAGCACUGGAAAUGGUUAUAUGCAGCUAUGGCAAAGCGAAAACAUUCACAAUCGCGGUUCCUUCAUUGCAGAGAUUACUAGUCGUGGACACGACAUCUUAUGCACAAGUUCCAGGAGAUGUUGUUGGGAUUGUGAUCAAAGUUCCUUCUUUAAAGACGUUAACGAUUGCUAACCGGUUAAAUUGGGUUUGUCCAGUAGUGAAUAUGCCAAAGCUCGAGAAGGCUACCAUCAAGCUUCCAUAUGGUGAUGCUAAGAAGCUUCUCGGAUGUCUUACCUCAGCCAAACACCUUUCAUUGUGUGUAAAAAAUUCACCAGUGGAUCCUUAUCGGAUAGGCGUCUUCGACCAGCUCGUGUCUCUAACACUCUGUGCAUGCUCUUUAGAUUGGUUCCGUCUAAUACUCAGACAGACUCCUAAACUCCGAGUUCUCCGAUUCCAACUUCAAGUAAAGUUUCUCAGUUUCCUACAUAAUUUUCAGAGAUGUUACAGCAGUAUCGGAGAUGUUCAGACUCGGUGGGAGCGACCGAGUUCUGUUCCUCAAUGUUUGAUUUCGAGUCUCGAAACUGUCGAGUGGAUUGAUUACCGAGGAAGAGAAGCAGAGAGAAAAGUGGUCAUGUAUUUGUUAGAGAACUCUGGACAGCUGAAGACGAUGGCUAUUAGACCCUUAAACUCAACCAUUUUGGAAGAGAGACACAAGAUGCUGCAAGAGCUAUCGUCUACACCGAGGAUUUCUAGCAAAUGUCGGCUUUCGUUCACCUGAAGUUUCGUCGGAUCUCAGACAUGUAGAACUCUUGUCGUUUUAUUCGUAUAGCAUACAUAUCAUUAGUACUUAUGUUGUCUUUGGUCAUAACUUUAUAGGUUUUGACAAACAUUUGAAGGAAAGGGCUUUGUUUUUAAU